UUCACCUUGGUGGUCAGUACCUAAGGAACACAUCCUAAUUCACCAAAGUUUUCACUGCAUGACAGACUGGUGUAUGCACAGCCAUUGUGAAGAUUUUCUUCUUCUUCCUGAGGAAAUAAUGGCUACCACUGAAGCUUUUAUGGUCACAGACAAUAACUCAAACUAUUAUUCCAAUGACUAUGAAAAUGAGCUGUGUGACAAAUCAAGUGUCACAAAGUUUGGAGGCAACUUCACCCUGGUUUUCUACUCCAUCGUGGUGAUCCUCAGCGUGUUCGGCAACAGCCUCAUCAUUGUGAUACUGGCUAAGUUUGAGAAUCUCAAGUCUCUCACCAACGCUUUCAUCCUGAACCUAGCUGUAUCAGAUCUUUUCUUCACCACGGGUCUACCCUUCUGGGCCUACUACCACAUACACGGCUGGACUUUAGGAGAAACUGCUUGCAAAAUAGUCAGCUUUGUGUUCUUCGUUGGUUUCUACAGCAGUGGCGUCCUCCUCAUCCUGAUGACUGCUCAGCGCUACGUGGCCGUCAUGUAUCCUCUGUCUGACAUUAUGUCAACCACAAGCUUCUACGGUGUCUUGGCGUCUGUGAUCAUUUGGGCCGUGAGUAUCUUGAUAGCCAGUCCAGCCUUUGUGUUCACCAAAGUCACAGACCACACAUACUGUGGCUAUGCAAAGUCAUACUGGAGCUUGUGGGGGAUCUACCAGCAAAAUGGUCUCUUUGCAGUCAGUUCAGUGGUAUUCAUUUUUUGCUAUUCCCAGAUUAUUUGCAGAUUGUUGCGUCCUAAUGCCCAAAGGAAGAAAAAGAACAAAACUUUGAAACUCAUUUUUAUUCUCUUGGUAGUUUUCUUUGUGGGAUGGGCACCAUACAAUGUUGUGAUAUUUCUACAGUCAAUGCAUUACUGGCACCAAGAGGAAGUCGAUUCAAAGGAUUUGGUGGCAAUUUGUGAAACACGUAAACCUCUGGAAUAUGCUUUUUACAUAAGCCGGAAUGUUGCUGUCUGUCACUGCUGCCUCAACCCAGUGUUUUAUGUGUUUGUGGGGGUUAAAUUUAAAAACCACCUGAAGAAAAUUCUCAAGAGCUGGGGCCACAACAACAGCAGCAGCAGCAGCAGCAUCCGCAACUUACCCAGUCGACUUACAAUCAUAUCGGUAACAAGUGGGGAGGAGUUUUCUAUGUAGCCGGUGUCUCUCUUAAAGAGCCAAUUCAAAAUGAUAUGUGUAUAACAUACAAAUAAUUGAAAUCGACACAUGUUACGGGCACAUGCAUGGUUAAUUUUCUGUAACUUUAAUUUAUAGCGCAGCCUAAGAACUGCCUCACAGAGCCACUAAUGUGGUUGCAUUAUUAUUAUUAUUGUUAUUGUUGUUAUUAUUAUUAAUCAACAGCUUGCUGGCUCAUAUUCCUAAUUAGCUGAUUUAAACUUACUUUAUUAGCAACAACACUUAACGGGCUGAUGACUGGGCACCAACUUCAUAAACCAUGUAGACAAGACAUUUAUUUGCCAGACGGCCAGAGAAAUGUAGUCAACACGACUUUUACUACAUGGCUUGGUUGUUUGUACCAAACACAGAGGUCACUCACACGACUGUUUGUAGUGUUUGCAGAGAGUGGUGUGAAUAAGAAAUCAAGUGAGCUCUGUUGAUAUUUGUUUUCAUACAUUUUCCAGUGUUGGGAUGAAUAAAGUGCAUCUAUCUGUGGACCGUUUAAGCAAAUACCCAUGAAACCACUGUGUAGGGAGUACUUCAUAACAUAUUAGACCACUUGUUACUAACAGAGGAUGUAUUAAAAGCCACCCUGUGCCAGACGUUUGCAGUUCCUGUGCAUCCUUAAUGGCUGCAUCCACCAUAGAAGAGCAAAAAGGGGCAUCCUCUGUCACUUAAUCUGAAUCCAACAGAACAUCUUUGGAAUGUGGUAUAAUGAGAAAUUGGCUGUAUGAAUGUGCUGUUGACAAUUUUUGUAGGAACUGUGUGAUUCAAACAUGUCAGUGUGGGGCACACAGUAAUUUCCUUUUUGAAUAUGUGUCAUUAAAAACAGGACAGAAUGAGGUCCUAAUACAAAAUCAUAUAAAGUGUAAAAUAAAGAUGUCUGUGAGUGUUUGAGUCUA